UCAGCUGAGAUUUCUUGGAAAAUACUCCAGAUGGGAUGAGUGGAUUAUUUUGGCAUCAAAAGUCAAAUCAGUCUAUUCAAAUACCCAUUUUAAUACAUGCAGAAAAGAAGCACUGGAAGUCACUGACAAGGAUCUCCAUCGACAAGGCUAAACAACCUGAAUCUAAAAGUCUACAUCCUGCCUAAAUGUCAGAGUUGGAUUGGCCUCUUGCUUCUCCCUCUCCCCUUCCCCAGUGUGACUACGGAGAAUGGAGUGCCACUCGAGUGCUGAUUCCAGCGAUUUACCUCUUAGUGUUCAUCAUUGGUACAUUUGGAAAUGCCUUUGUGCUCUGUGCAUAUCUGAACUGCCGUGGAAAAUGGCUAUGGAGGAUUAGGAGCCCCAACAAAUCUGAACCUUCCUACAGACCUCCCUCCUCUUCACGUUCAGUAACAGAGUCUCUGAUUGUCAGUUUGGCCCUGGCUGACCUUGCUUUUGUUACUACUCUUCCUUUGUGGGCCGUCUACACAGCGCUGGACUAUCACUGGCCAUUUGGCAGCUUCCUUUGCCGAGUGAGUAGCUACCUGGUGGCACUGAACAUGUAUGCCAGUGUGUUUUCUCUGGCUGGACUUAGCGUUGAGCGCUACUGUGUGAUCAAAAGGCAUAGCCCAAGCAAGAGCCUAGCAACAGUGAAAGCCUGGUACAUCGUAGGUUGUGUAUGGAUAGCAGCCAGCAUCCUUGCACUUCCCGCUCUUCUCUUACGAACUGUCCGAGAGGUGGAGGAACAUUUUGAUUGGCUGGAUGAUGGCGAGCAUAACAAAAGCGGUGGUCCGCAGUGCUUGUGUGACAUGGACUAUUCUAUUUUGGUCUCGCUAGACCUUGAUCUAGCAACACGAGAGCGUGCGGAAGUGAUGUGGUCGGCACUGCUAGGUUUGAAGUCUACCGUCCUGGGCUUCCUGCUUCCUCUUAUUGUGCUGCUGCUUUGCUACUGUUCCCUGGCACAUUUCUUGUAUCGCCAUUUUCGUCUUGGACCUCAACCUGAUCGACAACGCCAGCGCAAGCUCCUGCGGGUCGUUAUUGCCCUCGUGCUAGCCUUCUUUCUCUGUUGGCUGCCCUUUCAUGCCAAUAAGACCCUGUCAGAUUUGGUUGAACUUGAUAUUUUACCCUAUUCCUGCAGCUUUGACCGCUGGCUGGUUGCUGUCCACCCUUAUGCAAUCUGCCUAGCAUACAUGAACAGUUGCCUGAACCCACUGCUCUAUGCCUGCUGUGACCCAGCCUUCCGGCGACGAUGCAAACGUGCAGUCAAGCUUGUUUGGAGAAGACGUGACAGAGAAAGGGAUGAAGCAGAAGAUAGAGAGACAGGAACGAGAGUUGAGCUGGAAGAGGAUAAAAUAAUGAGGAAUGUAGCACACAAAUCCAAACUAGGAACAGAAUACUGCAACAUAUAAUUAAUAUGAAUGAAAUAUUUUUAUACAGAUUACUGUAUGAGAAGUAGAUUGUUUGUGUAAGUGUGUGUAUUGGUACUAAAUGUAUACUGUGAAAACUAUAAAACUGAAAUGAUCACACUGUUUUCCCCCAUUAGGGGGUGCUAAGGAUUCCUUCACAAAUAUGACCUGUAGCAGAGAAACUCUGAGCACGGUGGCUUUAAGGAAGAGAAAAAGCCUGGUCAAAAUAAUAUCUGGACAAAAUAUCUGGACAAUAAUUAACUGAGAUAAUUCCUAACAUUAUACCUAUUUACGAUGUGAAAAUAAAAAAGUACGUCAUCUUGUCAUUUUGUAAGCUGGUCUUGUAAAUGUGAAUGAAUAUGAAACAUAAAACAGGACCAGAGAAUUAAUACUUAUGGUGUGCGUAAGUAUUCAGAUCUCUUCAUGUUCUGAUUUUGUCAACUUAAAAUGAAUUAAGUUCCAGUAGCAAUGAAAAGUCUAUGCAAAUCUUACAAUUAAGAGAUGAGGCUGACUGAGAAUCCUGAUGCAUCUAGAGAUCCUACCAGCUCCAGUUAGACUCUGUGAUACAAUAGAGAUGUGAACUCCAUGUGGUCUUUUGCAUGUAUACAACAUUUGUCAGACUGUAUAUUUAUAAAUCACACCCUCCAGUG